GCCGUAACCCUCUGCUUUUGCUAACCAUCUGCUCUCAACGACCACCUUCUUUGCUAUCUUCACGCUUUCACCAGCCCAAAAAUGAUGAGCUCGACGCUAAUGAUCUUUGUAUCCGUGACGACUAUGGCAGUCCUCUCCGGCGAAGCUCUCACCGGGUCGCCCGGUAUUUCAUGCAACCCCGGACUUCUUGACGAGCUUCCACCUAGACUCCGUAAAAUCUGCAUGGCCUUCGCCAGAAUAUGGGACGUUAAGGACAUAAAUGACUUUAUUGACGACAAAGAUUACCGGGAGAACUUACCGCGGUACGACAGCGCUGUCAAGAGACAAGACGUCGAUCAUGUUUUCUUGCGCUUUGGAAAACGACGUUAGAACCAGGCAUCACACUCUGCUCUCUAUUCGCAAGCGAUAAACGAUUCGAGUUACCCUUAAGUUUCUCAUUCGAUCAUCCCGUCGUCUAGAGAACUCAGCGCGUCUACGGAAAAUGUAAAAGAAAAAAGGAAAAAAAGAAAAGAGUAAGAGCAACACCCACCGAAAAAUGAUCUCGUUAACAUCGUUAAUGAUUUAAUAAUUUUCAUUUCAUUUUUGCUGUAUAUAAACAGCAUUUAAAAGACCAAAUUGAUCCCCUCGAGCGCUCUGAGUGGUUCCUGCGUGAAAGUAUAUACAUCUUGUUAAAUAUGGAUUUUAUGCGCGUUAAAGCAAUUAGUUUUGCUCUCUUUGUUCGACAAAAGCGGAAACUUUAAAGGAACUUUAAUUAACAAUUAAACAUAUAUUAUAUUACAGCAUUUAUUAACAGCUAAUAUUUCGUUAGCGAAACAAAAAUUUCAUAUUAUAAGAUAAUUUUGUUACAAGAUAAUUUUGAUAAUAUAAAUAAUUUUUCUUUGAGCACUUUAAUAUCCCGACAUAUUGGAGCACUGAAAAUAUAAUCGUGUAACGCUCGAGACAGAAUAAUUAGAUAGUUACGAAAAUAAAAACGAAUUUCACGAUAUUUCAUUCUCUUUGUUGAUCAUACAUAAUUUUACGAGUAAUGUCAAAUGUCAACUGUUAAAUAUUAAAUCUUUGAAAACUGAAGCUACUCUUAAUUCUAUAUGUUGCCACAUCACAAAUAAAGAGCGUAUCGCAAUGAUGUACAACCAUUUCAACCUAUGCUGUAUCACACUGUGAAUGUACCGAAUUUACUAAUUAAUCGUCUAUUAAUUAAUCAAUUAAUUACUAAUGCACUACCUUUAACUAUUAGAUUAUAGGCCAGAUUAACAUCGUCAUUUUACCAGUGUAAGUACGUAGGAACGUUGUGCCGUAUCGAUUUUCGCGUCGACUACUAUUUCCAAUUAAUAACUCUCAUCUUCGCGUCGCUUGUGAGAUGAUGAUCUUUCAUGUGAAAGUAAAGAGUGUUGUGCGUCUAUGCGUGCCAUUUAUCUUACAAAUCAAGCACUUUACGCCUUGUAAUGCGAUCAGUAAGUGACACGAACAAUUAGUCCGCAAGAUUCGAUUGAAUUAAACGUAAAUUAAAUUUGUUCCAAUUAAUUCCCGAAACAUGUAUUAGUAAUAUCUCAAAACUAUG